AAGCAAAGAAAAGGAAUGAGUAUUGAUCAGGUAUGCAGCGCAGCUUUUAAAAUUUCAGUUGGAGAUCGAGAAACAGAGAUGGUGAAAAAAACAAAUCUGAUAUCGUCGUGGUCUAUUACCAUUCUGUUAUUCUCCCUUUUUUUCAUUUUCAAUACCAUCCUUAUUACUUCCUUUGCGGACAAUGUCCAGGACACAUGUCCAACGGGGCAGAAUGAGGCCGAGGCUAUCUUCAUCAAUGGUUUCCCCUGCAAAAACCCAGCUGCUAUCGUACCUUCUGAUUUCAAGACCUCAGAGAUGAACCGUGAAGGAGACACAGAUAACUUCCUUCGUUCGUCCAUGAGCAUCAUCACGGCGGCAAAGUUCCCAGGGUUGAACACCUUGGGUCUGUCUAUUGGCAGAACUGACAUAGACGUUGACGGCAUGGUACAGCCUCAUUCUCACCCGAGGGCCUCAGAGAUGUUGUAUGUUAGCAAUGGAGUUGUGACUGUUGUUGUAGACACUGAAAAGCGGGUGUUUCAGAAGACGCUUCGGAAAGGGGACGUUUAUGUUCAGGGGUUGCUCCAUUAUAGCUUGAAUGCCGGUUUCGAACCAGCCACUAUCUUGUCGGUACUCAACAGCCAAAACCCAGGUGUGGUGAGCAUAACCGAUGCCAUGUUUGGACUACGGGAGAAUAGCCGUUAUGUGUUUGAGCGAUUGUUGUUUCUCGACAACACUACUUCCAAUAUUGCAUUGUUCUCUCAUGAGUAGCAAGCAGUGUAUCAGUGUAAAUGCAUGCAUCGACUGUAUUAAUAAUGUAUUCAGGAACAUACCUUUUGUUUCUUUCUUUUCAUUCUUCACUACUUCGGAAUUUCAAUCCGGCUAAGUUUCUCGUUU